AUGUCUUCUGCUCCUUAUGCACCGUUACCUCCAGCUAUUCUAGGCGAUAUUGAGAAUGGUGACUCUCUACCGUCGGAUGACGAAAAAGGCUGGACCAUCGUACUUAGCCGUCGCAAACGUCGGCAACGUUCCGACAAUGAAGUCGGGAAAUCGCAAGACAAGGGUGUGUACAAGUCUGUGUUCACCAAACAUGGGACGCAAGAGAACUCCAACCCCAUGACGCUUACCUGGAAUCACCUUCCGCCUUUGACAAAGGAAGGCUAUAUGGAAGUUAUUCAUUCAGUGCAAGAAGCUAUUGAUAAUUCCAUGUAUCCUACUCGUAUUAGCCAAGGUUCUUCGGGUUCUUACUUUUGUCGAGAUACCUCAGGCAAAAUUGUAGGUGUCUUUAAGCCCAAAAACGAAGAACCCUACGGCCAUCUGAACCCAAAAUGGACAAAAUGGGUUCACAGAAACCUCUUUCCGUGUUGCUUUGGUCGUAGCUGCUUGAUACCCAACUUGGGAUACAUGUCAGAGGCAGCUACGUCGUUAAUUGACCGCAGGUUGCAAUUGAACAUUGUGCCGUUUACCGAUGUAAUUCAUAUGUCGUCACCAACAUUUCACUAUGACCGUGGGGAUAGAAAGGCAAACGAUCCUCGUAAACCCUCACCACGCCCACUCCCCUCCAAAAUUGGUAGUUUUCAAUGCUUCCUAAACGACUUCAACGAUGCCAGUAUGUUUCUGCGAAAUCACCCCUUUCCACCUGAUGCUUUCUAUUCCAACAGCCGAUCUCUGUCCAAAAAAAGAAGUGCUGUAUUUAGCUGUUUGGGUAGUAAUGAGGAUGACGACGAAGAAAAUCAACAAGAAAUGCAGCACCAGGAUCCGCAAUUUCAAUAUUUCCAAGGGAAAAAAGUAUUUCAAUGGACGCGGAAAUUACAACAACAAUUCAAGCGAGAAUUUGAAAACCUUGCUAUCUUGGACUAUCUCAUUCGAAAUACAGAUCGUGGCACGGAUAAUUGGAUGAUCCGCUACUGUGAGGAGGAGGAUAGCGUUCGGCUCACUCGAUCAAAUGGAUCUCAAUCAGCUAAUGCUUACGGCAAUAGCCCAAUAAUGACUAAUGACAACACCACCCCCACCUUCAAUUUGGAUGAAUCUCACCUACAUGUCGCUGCAAUCGAUAACGGCCUGGCAUUUCCGUUCAAGCACCCUGACCAAUGGAGAUCUUACCCAUACGCCUGGCUUUCGCUCCCUCAUGCACUCUUGGUACAACCUAUCUCUGUCGAAACAAGAAAAAGGCUUUUGCCUAUGCUUUCUGAUCCAGAAUGGUGGGAAGGAACUGUUCGUGACCUCCAUCGACUUUUUUCUUUGGAUUCUGAUUUCGAGCCACGCAUGUUUGAACGGCAGUUGGCGGUGUUAAAGGGCCAAGGUUGGAACAUCGUGCAAACAUUGCGAGAUCCCUCGGCUGGCAUCCUCGAUCUUGUCACUCGUAAACGAUGUGUUGUUUGGGAGGAAGAUCUUCUCAUUGAAUGGGAUCAGCAAAUCAUUGACGCACGUACAUCAUCCAGCGAUGCCAUGGAUACACAAGCUCCAAGACCUACGUUUGAUCAAGGCAUUGGACCGAAAAGUCCAGAUGAAGAUCCGGACGAUGAUGUUGGUGCGCUGAGCGAUCCAGAAAUAGUACCAGCCCGAGCUUUGGAUCAGCAAAUGGCCCAAGACGAAUUCACUUCAUCUUCCAUCAGCCAAGGGAGUGGUUCACCCAAGAAGCGCUGGAAUGACCGACUUCGGCGAAGUUUUUCGUUGGAUAGAGUAAGUAAGAGCGUUAGACCUGCCAUUCAAAAGGAUUCAAAAUUACAUCCGUCCUUGAAAAAGGCGCACAUAACAGUAGAACGCAUUGAGUUCGUAGAAAAGAACAACCCAUACUUUACAUGGUGUUAA